AUGCGCAGGACCUCGGAGUCUGUGGCGGCGGGCAGGGCAACUCCAGGAGCAGCGGGCAUCAGCUGGAGGUACAGCUCAGAGCUGGGGUUUUCCCAGCCAAAGAAAUGUCUGUCCGCUUGGCAGGCUCCAGGGUUUGGGGGCGCUGCAGCGGGUGGGGGUGGGGGAACACCUGUGGAGGAAAUGGUGGAAGGGGGAAAGCCAUCUAAGGGCGUAGGAGCAUUUGGGGGCCAACCUGGGCAUCUGGGACCACAAGGCCCCAUUGGAGAGUUAGGACCUCCUGGGCCCAUUGGAUUACCAGGAGAGAAAGGUAUGAAAGGUGAGAGUGGACUUCCUGGACUUGUGGGAGAGAAAGGAGAUAAGGGCCCAACAGGAGUACCUGGCUUCCCGGGUUUGGAUGGCAUACCUGGUCAUCCUGGACCUCCAGGAUCAAGAGGCAAACCAGGCAUUGAUGGCUACAAUGGUUCAAGAGGAGAUCCAGGGUUUCCAGGAGAGAGAGGAGCACCAGGACCAGAAGGACCAGCUGGUUUUCCUGGGCAAGAUGGUGAAAAAGGGAAUUCAGUGUAUAUUUCAGGUGCUAUUAAAGGUCUUCCGGGAGAUCGAGGUGAUCCAGGACCUCCAGGUUUACCUGGACCUCGAGGGGCAAAUGGGUCAAUGGGUCCAAUGGGAUUUCCAGGAGAACCAGGUUCUAGAGGACCUCCGGGCCACCCUGGGAGGCCAGGUGCUCAGGGCAAUCCAGGUGUGGGAGUAAAAGGUCAAGUUGGAGAUCCGGGUGAAGUUGGUCUUCAAGGGUCUCCAGGACCAACUUUAUUGGUUGGGCCUCCUGGUUCAUGUCUCAUUAAGGGAGAAAAGGGUAUGAAAGGAAUGCCUGGAGUCACUGGCCAUUCUGGACCAUAUGGAGCAAAGGGUGAACCUGGUAUUGGGGUGAAAGGUGAAAAGGGUAUUUCUGGAUUGCCAGGACCUAGGGGUGCCCCUGGUUCCCAUGGACUUCCAGGCUUUCCAGGAAUAAAGGGAGAACCUGGAGCAAUUGGCAGCCGUGGGCCAUUCGGAGUUCUUGGCACUAAGGGAGAUCCUGGAGAACGUGGGAAGCCAGGACCACCAGGUGUUUUGGUAACUCCACCUGUUCUAUGCAAAGGACCUCCAGGGGAUCCAGGAUUUCCAGGAAGCUAUGGAGAAAUAGGGUCAAUGGGACCGCCUGGUCCAUCAGGACCCUCGGGAAGACCAGGGGAAGACAGAAUAGGAAAAACAGGACCCCCUGGGCUUCCAGGGUUACCAGGUAUGCAAGGCCUUCAGGGUGAAACUGGAAUUCCUGGAAGUGGUCAUUCUCCUGCAGGAAGACCAGGGACUCCAGGACACCCAGGAAUGCCAGGAGUCCCAGGGCAGCAAGGUCUACCUGGAUCAGAUGUCAUACGUUGUAGCAUUGGGCCCCCUGGACCACAAGGAGUGAAAGGUCAAUCAGGACCUCCAGGAAGAAGAGGCACAAAAGGAGAAAAAGGAAAUGAAGGACUGUGUUCAUGUUGCCCAGGUCCCAUGGGCCUUCCAGGCACUCCAGGACCACCUGGACUUCAGGGUAGGAAAGGAGAAGUGGGUCCACCUGGGAGAGUAGGAGAAAAAGGUGACCCAGGCUCUCCUGGUGCUCAAGGAUCCCCAGGACCUCCAGGAAUACCUGGUACCUCGGGGCUACCUGGUCCUAAAGGAGAAAAGGGUGAUAUGGUUAUAGCAAGAAUCAAAGGAAGAAAAGGAGAAAAGGGUUAUGAUGGGCCUCCUGGAUAUCCAGGGCAGGAAGGGAUUCCUGGUCAGAAUGGACUUCAUGGAGAAAGAGGUCACCCCGGUCUUCCAGGCAAUUGUGGUGGAGCAAUUCCAGGUGCUCAAGGUUCUCCUGGAGCACAAGGAUCUCCUGGGAAGAUGGGACCAAGGGGACCUCCAGGACUGGGAUUUCCUGGGCCACAAGGGGUGAGAGGUGAACCAGGGAGCCCUGGCCAUCCUGGUGUGAGGGGAGCAGCAGGUUCCAAGGGACAGACAGGUGACACCUAUCCUUGUCCUUCCCCCUAUCCAGGGAGCCCUGGAGCUCCAGGUGUUCCAGGGGCUCCAGGUCAGAAGGGAUUUCCAGGGCCCCCAGGUGAAGCUGGGCUACAUGGAUUUGAUGGGCAUAAAGGCCAACAAGGCAAGCCCGGAAUAUCAGAAAUACCAGGCCCACCAGGUUUUCGAGGUCAGACUGGAGAGUCAGGUGAUGAAGGUGAAAAGGGGUCAGCCCCCACUGGUCCUCCAGGCCCCCCAGGAUUACCAGGAAUUAAUGGUCAGAAAGGGAUGCCAGGUGAUUCUGUUUAUGGCCAGCCAGGACUUCCAGGACAUAUUGGCCCUCCGGGACUGCCUGGACUUAAAGGGCUCAGAGGUGAUCCAGGAUUUCCUGGAGUUCCAGGGACACCUGGAGUUCCAGGAUUCCCAGGCAUCAAAGGAUCUCAAGGCAGAGAAGGGGAUGCUGGGCCUCCUGGUCACACAGGUUUACCAGGCCACGGAUGUCGAGGCUUUCCAGGGUUGCCAGGGCAUCCUGGACUCCCUGGGUCACCAGGCAUUCCAGGUUUUGAUGGCUUGAAAGGUCACCAAGGAGACAGAGGUCCACCAGGACCAGCUGGAAUGAAAGGCCUCCAAGGAACUCCAGGAUUUCCAGGGUUACCUGGCCUCCCAGGACCACAAGGGGAUCCAGGACCCUGUGGAGAUGAUGGCUCACGGGGUUCCCAAGGCCCAAAGGGGGCCCAAGGCCUGCCAGGAAUCCCAGGCUUUCCAGGAGAGCGAGGAAGGAAAGGACAAUCAGGACUUGCAGGUCGAAAGGGUGACCCAGGAGAAGAGGGUCAUUGUGGACUUCCAGGGGAACCAGGAGAUCCAGGCUCUAAAGGAGAAAAAGGAUACCCAGGAGAUCAAGGGGAGAUUUCCAUAAUUCCAAGAAAGGGGGAAAAAGGUGAACCUGGGCCACCUGGUAGACUUGGAUUCCCGGGAGAAAAAGGAGAUAAAGGAACUCCUGGAAUCCAAGGGAUAACAGGAUUUCCAGGAAGAGAUGGGCUACCUGGAUUUCAAAAAGGAGAACCUGGCAACAGUGGUCAUCAGGGACUUCCAGGUCUCCCAGGCCUUCCAGGACCUCCAGGGCCCAGAGGAAUAAUUGGUUUCCCAGGUAUUCCAGGAGACCAGGGUGAUCCAGGCUUGCCAGGCUUGCCUGGACUUCCAGGACCUGAUGGAGCAAGAGGACCUAAAGGAAACCAAGGUGACACAGCAAGUCAAUAUGGGCCACCAGGACCAAAAGGAGAUCCUGGUAUCCCUGGAUGUCCAGGAUAUUUUGGAGAGCAAGGAGAUCCAGGUUUUCCAGGCCCUCCAGGGCCUAGUGGACCACCAGGAAGGGAAGGAUCCCCUGGAUAUACAGGACCACCAGGUCUUCCAGGUUCUCCAGGGAUUCCUGGGCUGAAAGGGCAUCCAGGGGAGGCAGGUGACCCAGGACCUCCAGGGGUCAGGGGAGAUCCAGGACCUCCAGGGCCCAAGGGAUUGAAAGGCUCCCCAGGACUACCUGGAUUGAAUGGCUUACCUGGACUCAAAGGUCAGAAAGGAUCAAAGGGUAGUUCAGGCUUAAAUGAGAUUGGCCCACCAGGCCAAAUGGGACUGCCCGGACUAAAAGGGAAGAAAGGGGAACCUGGAGCACCUGGAGCUUCUUGUCCAGGUUUUCCUGGAGAAAGAGGUCCCUUGGGUCCCCCAGGGAUUCCAGGACUGCCUGGACUACCUGGUCCUGUGGGAAAAACUCCUGAGGAUGAAAUUCUUCCUCCUGGUCCUUUGGGAGAUCAAGGCUUCCCUGGCCCAGAUGGACCAAGAGGUCCACCAGGACCACCAGGCCCUCCAGGGAGGUUUGGUCUUCUGAAAGGAGAUCCAGGCGAUCAUGGUCAACCAGGUAUACCAGGACCACCAGGUCCACCAGGACCUCCAGGAACCAAAGGCUUUCCAGGAUGUGAAGGAAAAGAUGGCCAGAAAGGGCAGAUGGGGUACCCGGGGCCCCCUGGCCCCCCUGGAUUUCCUGGCCCCCCUGGAAAUAAAGGCUUGCAAGGACCCCCUGGGAGACCUGGUCCCCUCGGUCCUCCAGGUUGCCGAGGUGAACCUGGCCCACCUGCAGAUACUUCUUCAUGCCCCAAAAUCCCAGGGCUUCCGGGAGUUCCGGGUCCAAGAGGACCAGAAGGGAAGAUGGGACCUCCAGGGCAACGAGGUCCGCCAGGCUCCCCAGGACAAAAAGGUGAGCCUGGCGUGGAUGGCCAAAGAGGCUCAGAUGGUGGUCCGGGACCUCCAGGGCCCCCUGGAUACAAAGGAGACCCAGGAGAAGAAGGCUGUGGAGGUGCACCAGGUCCCCCUGGCCCGACUGGGGAUCCAGGACCCAAAGGUUCUGGGACUAGAUACCUUGAUGGAUUCCUACUGGUUCUCCACAGUCAGACAGACAAAGAACCCUCUUGUCCGGAGGGUAUGCCCAAGCUGUGGACUGGAUAUAGUUUGUUGUAUUUGGAAGGCCAGGAGAAAGCACAUAACCAAGACCUAGGUCUUGCUGGGUCCUGCCUUCCCAUGUUCAGCACCAUGCCAUUCGCCUAUUGCAACAUUAACCAAGUCUGCCAUUAUGCCAGAAGAAAUGACAAAUCCUAUUGGCUGUCAAGUGCUGCCCCUCUGCCCAUGAAGCCCGUCUCUGAAGAUGAAAUACGAGCUUACAUCAGCCGGUGCGCCGUCUGCGAGGCUCCGACUCAGGCGAUGGCUGUACACAGUCAGGAUCAAGCCAUCCCUCCAUGCCCACCCACAUGGAGGAGCCUUUGGAUAGGCUACUCAUUCCUUAUGCACACAGGGGCUGGGGAUCAAGGAGGAGGCCAGUCUCUCACAUCACCUGGAAGUUGCCUUGAAGAUUUCAGGGCAGCGCCAUUCAUCGAGUGCCAAGGGCGGCAGGGGACUUGUCACUUUUUUGCUAAUGAAUACAGCUUCUGGCUAACCACGGUGCCACCAGACUUGCUGCUCCACUCGGUUCCUUUGCCAGACACCUUAAAACAAGGACAGGCACAGCGCCAAAAGAUCAGCAGAUGCCAGGUCUGCAUGAAAUAUAGCUAAGGAGUAUAGCAUCACCUUGCUGAUGACACACAGAGACUUCCUUGGGGAAGAAGGGAGUUGGGUUAAAAGAUUCUAAUGGUGCUUUAUUACAGGGAUUUAAUUUUUCAAAUAAUCCUUGAUUUAAACAUGGUUAUCCUGACAGUACUGUAACCCCCUUCCCAGUUUGGUACAGAUCAAGCAAAAGCUAGGAUCUGGCUGGACCUCUCCAUUUAGGUAGAGCUCAGGUAUUGCUUUUCAUCUUAUGGAGGAUGAAAGAUCUGGCUUUACUGACCAUGAAUACUUAUUUAUAGAAAGGCAAAGAAAUCACAAAUGGCUUGAUUGUGCCUUCUCUUAACCAGAAGCUUCUUUCAUGGGUUUCAUAAAAUCCCUAGUUAUUGAAGCCAGUUAUUCUCAUAGCAAAGAAGGCCAAUGGAUGACUUUUAUAGGAAAAAAAUGUAAUCCAACAGAGCCAGAAAAUGAAAAUCGUUUUUAAAAAAUUGUACCAGGUUUUCCUCAAAUCAUCAUAGAAUUCUCCAAGCACUUUAAAAAGGUCGUGAAACCAUGAUCCAAAGACACAAAGAAACCAGUCCACCAGUGUUAAUAGUUCACAUGCAAGGUGAAAUGAUCAUUAGGCUAGGAAGGCUCACAGUCACUAUAUCCCAGAAACACAUCACAUUUGCAUAAAAACAUCACUGAGGAGCAUAAGCCAUUACCUUCUCGUUUGCAUUUUUUCCCUGAGAAUGGAAAUGCCUACUCUGACAGCCCUUUUGAAAAGUGGCAAUUAUGGAAAAAAGUAUAUUCAAUAAGGGAUUAAGCCCCUAAAAGCUGUUAAUGAAUAUGAAGACAGAGAUUCAUAAAAAUGGACCCCCUAAUCCACCAAACUUCCAAACAGGUGAUUUUCCUGCAUGCAAGGGAUAUGGUCUGUCCUGAAGUGUGUGCAUAUUAAUGGGGUGCCACACACAGGGGGAAGGUGGCAGUGGGUUAGAGAAUAAGAGUAUUCACUGUAUACAAAGCAUCUCCUCACCCUCCCUUGGAAAGACUGCCCAGUUCCUUUACAUCUUAUAAUUGACACUUUUCUCUCCAUUACAUUAAUGGUACCUUAUGUGGAAAAUUGGCAGAGCCAUCAUUAUGGAGAGAAAAUUAAGGGUUGGCUUAAUUAACCUUAAGUAAGCAUAUUCACUUAGGCCAAGGUCAUGCCACUGAAAAGACACAGAAAUAUUCAUAAAUGAAAGCCACAGUGUGCUAUCCACUAUAGAUGUUUAUGUAUGUAUGUUAUGUUUGUAUGUUAGAUUCUCCUUUUCCAAAAUUUCUCAUCCUCAAAUGUUAUAUUUGUAUAGUAAGGCAAAGCAGCACUUUGACAUCGGACAGAAUGAUAUUUUCAUUAAAAUUCAGAACAUGUCUAUGUCUUAAUUUUUAAGUAUAGUCAUCAGUAUACCAAAGGAUCCAGUCUCCAUUUCUCUAAGAAUCCCGAAUCCCAAUACUAAAAUCUUAGAAUAGUAAUUAAUUUCCAUUUCUAAAAAAGGCCUGCCACAACAACAAAUUAUAGUCUCUAGACUUUUUAGAAAUCCCAAAGAAACUUUAGUCUGUGAAAUCUAGAGAAAAAAAUAAUCAUUGACUCAUGACACAAUGAAUGAUACUCCAAAAGACUGGGAUUUAAGUUAUCCUAAAGAAAAAAGUACCCACAAAAGAAAGGCAAGGAGUCCACUUUAAAGAAUUGAAGUAUGUAGAGGAUGAAAUUAUAUGAGAGCCAGGAAGAUCCCCACAUUUAGGACUAGUGAUGGAUGGGCUUUUGAUAUCCAGCAUCAAAAAUGGAAGCAAAGACUGUGGCAUCCUUAUUUUGAGGUCUUUUUUGGUUUAGAGGAAAAGCUUAAAUUACAAAAUAAAAUGUCACAGGUUUAUGUUUCCAAGUGUUUUUUUAAAGAACAAUAACAAAAACAUUUUAUAUGUUUUAAUGACAACAUGUUUGCCAUGGCUGAUCAAAUUAGGUAUUUAGAGUACCCAGAAUUCAAUGUCAACUAAAAAAAUCUAUAAUUAACCUUUUGCUUUAUCUCAAUAUUUUUUUCCUGUUAAAGAAAACUACCUAGAUAUAUUUCUAGAACUUAAUUUCAUAAAUCAUUUUUUCCAUUGCCAAUUGGCAAGCCUCUUUAAAAGGACUUCAGAGUGCUUGAAUAUGGGCUUUUAUGAGCCCAUUAUUGGUUCUAACACAUGUGGAGUAAACAGAGAGAUAUAGGCAUAUCACAUGUGAAGUCAAACAUUUUAACAUGGACUUUACAACAUUCUAUUUAUUUCUAUUUCAAAUACAUAAAAAUAAAGUCUUAAAUCAGGGAACAAUUUGAUCUGUAGUGUGUCUGGAACAGAGUUUUUGGAAUCCUUCAAAAUACCUGUAUCUUAAGGUCUCAUCUCACUCUCCCAAACCAGCAUCAGUAUCUCAAAAAAAACAAAUAAGCAACAACAACAACAACAACAACAAAAACUUGUGAUUUUCAACAGCCUGAAAAGAAAUGAACACAAUCCCCAGGGAAAGGUCUUUAUGUACUAUGGGAGUUCCUUUUGCUAAUGCCCAAGAUUCUUUAUUGACUUAUUUUUUUAUGUGUGGGUACUUUCCUUUCUCUUUUCAAAAUAAGUUUGCUAGAUUAAAAUAAAAUGUACCCUCCUUCCUUCAUACCCCACCCCCACCCCAUUGAACCCUCCCUUGUAAAAAGCUUUUUAGCAUUCCAUUAUUUUGGAUUUCAAUUCUCAAAGUCACUCUACUGGAAAGAUGACUGCAAUUCCCCGUGGUGAGAAUGCCAUGAAGUUCUGCAGAGAACUGAACAAAAUCUGAAUUGAAAUUUGUAUUUUGCAACCAUCCUUGCUGUUCAAGGCUCAGCACUCUGCAUAAUGCAUUUAAAAACACCAAGGCUGACUGGUGCACACACUUGAAAUGCUUGAAUUUUUAUAGUGCUUAAAUAUUUAAUGAUUCAUGAGGAAGAAUGCAAAAUAUGUGCAAUAAAUUGUAUCACUUUCUCUAACUUGUGGCUGUAAAAUUAGAAAAUCUCUCAACACAUAAUGUCUACCCGGUGAUAAAAUUCAGCAAUUGACGGUGAAAGCUGUUAUAUUUCCAUCUAGCAACCUGGCUUGUCUUCCAUAAAAUACUAUGAUGGUCUCCAAAAA